CCCCCUGUGGUGGACACCGUGCAGGGCCAGGUCCUGGGGGAGUAUGUCAGCCUAGAAGGCUUUGCACAGCCCGUGGCCGUUUUCCUGGGAGUCCCCUUUGCCAAGCCGCCGCUCGGACCCCUGAGGUUUGCUCCUCCGCAGCCUGCAGAGCCAUGGACCUUCGUGAAGAAUGCCACCUCCUACCCUCCUAUGUCCUUCCCAGCUCUGCUUCCUAUCUGUGACCUGUGUGGUUGCUUCCUCCCUGUCCAGGUGAUGGUGUGGAUCCACGGAGGAGGUCUGGUGGUGGGCGGGGCAUCAACCUAUGACGGGCUGCCCCUCUCUGCCCAUGAAAACGUGGUGGUGGUGAUCAUUCAGUACCGCCUGGGCCUCUGGGGAUUCUUCAGGCAGGGGAGCCAAUGCCCUGCCCACUUACUCUUGGCUAGUCAGGGCGGCACUGGGAGGGAGGGCCUGACACCUUUGGCGGCAGCUGCCCAAGACCGGCCUUUCUCCCAGGAAGCCUCUCACCCACAUGCUCUACCUUUGUUUUCACAGAAUUUUUUUCAUAUUGAUUUACAUGGAGACCCCCGAGAGAGCCCGCCCUUCCUGUCCUCUGUGGUUGAUGGAGUGCUGCUGCCGAAGAUGCCGGAGGAGCUUCUGGCUGAAAAGCAGCUCAACUCCGUUCCGUACAUCGUCGGAAUCAACCAGCAAGAGUUCGGAUGGAUGAUUCCAAUGAACCCCAACGGGGAGGGGCUGCCCCAUUGGCCCGUGUAUGACCAGAAGGAAGGGUACCUGCAGAUUGGGGUCCCCACCCAGGCAGCCCAGAAGCUGAAACAUGAGGAAGUGGCGUUCUUCACCGAGCUCCUUGCCCAGGACACAGCCAGGAUGUCACCCCAAACAGAGCAUAUUGAGCUGUGAAGGGGAGGCCCAUCCAGCCUCCACGAUCUGGGGGAGCUUAGAGGUAAUUCUACAGAAGGUGUUUAUGGCCAAAAAGGUACCUUAGUGUCUGGUGGGAGUGGACAGAGACCACGGAAGGGGGAGCAUCUACACCUGUAGCCUUAAUUUUGGAAAUAAUGUUCUUUCGGUGACCAA